AUGCCUAAAUCCCAAAAGCCGAAGCCAGGGCCAGAUGCCUCGGACUCGCUUGACGUGGAGCCGCCCGCGGAAGCGAGUUCAGGGUCGGAUCUCGACGCAAUCAUGGCUGCCAUAAAGCAAACAGAGCAGAGUGUGCUAACCAAGAUCGACUCGUCUGUGAUGGCGGCUGCAGGUAAACUGGACAAGAAAAUAGACAGCUUGGCGAGUGACUUAAGGACAGAAAUCCCGAAUGUGCGCGUAGAGUUUAAGAAGGUAACUGAAGAAGUGCAGAAAGAAAACGCCACAUUCUCAAGCUGCAUUGGUGAUCUCGAGGAGGAAGCUAAUGGCAACGCUAACCGGGUUGUCGCGCUUGAAGCUAAAGUUAAUGCGCUGUCUACACAAUUCACCCAUCAUCAGAUAAGACCGAAGAUUUGGAGUCCCGGCAGCGGCGAGAUAACUGCAGACUAGUCGGAGUGGAAGAGGGACUUGGAAAUAUAUGACCGGAGAAAGCCGUGGCCGAAUUAUUGAAGGAAGCGCUGGCCCUCGACUAUACGCCGACGCUUGAUCGGGCGCACAGAAGCCUGCAGCCGAGGCCAUAGGAUGGAGAUGCCCUGAGGCCAAUAACUGUCAAGUUCCACUACUUUCAGGAGAAAGUGGAUGUUCUCCGAAAGGCCAUGAGUGCAGGUCCCAUCACCCACAAAGGCUUCGCCUGUGUACGGGCGUGAAAUACGGUCUCCUGUAUCCAGCCACACUGAAGAUCACGACCCCAGCUGGGGAACAGGUGUCUUUCGAUGACCCGACCAAGGCAAAGCACUACAUCGAGACCAAUCUGCGCCCACGGGAGACGGAGGGAGAGUGA